AUGGACCAGCCGGACGGAUACCUGGAUGCAACACAGCCGGACUAUGUGUGCAAGCUAAAGAGAUCACUCUACGGCUUGAAGCAAUCGCCUCGCAUGUGGAACCAAACAAUCGAUGGGUUCAUGAUCAAGAUGGGAUUCAAGAAGUGCGAAUCGGACCACUGCAUCUACAUCAAGCGAGACGACCAAGACAUGAUUCUCGUGGUGCUCUACGUCGAUGAUCUCAUCCUGGCCAGCAGCAAAAACGAACUCCUCAAGUCAACCAAGAUGGCGCUGAGCAAACGCUUCGAAAUGACGGAUCUCGGUGAGCUCGAUUACUUUCUCGGCAUGGAGAUCAAGAACGACCGUAAGACGGGAAUGGUGACUGUACAACAAACCAAGUUUCUCAAGUCCGUGUUAACCAAGUUCGGAAUGGAUAACAGCAAGCCAGUGAAGACGCCUCAAGAUCCCGGCCUGAAGCUAACCAAGAACAUGUGUGAACAAGAAUGCAAGCACGAAGACACCAUGUGCAACGUGCCAUAUCGAAGUGCUGUCGGAGGCAUCAUGUAUCUCAUGGUCGCCACACGUCCGGAUCUAGCUGCUGCAGUGGGAUCAUUAUCCCAGUUCUCGUCCGACCCAUGCCCGACUCACUGGCAAGCUUUGAAGCGUGUGCUGAGAUACCUGCAAGCAACGCCCAAUCAUGGUCUUGAGUUUACACGUGAAGAAGGAAGCCGUAUCUGCGGGUACACCGACGCAGACUGGGCCGGCGACAUUGAGUCAAGACGAAGUACAAGCGGCUAUGUGUUCAUGAUGAGCGGAGGAUGCAUCAGCUGGAAAAGCCAGAAACAACGGACGGUCGCGCUAUCUUCAACAGAAGCAGAAUACAUGGCGCUUUCCGAAGCAACCAAAGAAGCAGUAUGGCUCAAAGUGCUUUUGGGGGAACUUGGUGAGAUGACAAGCGACGAAGCGAUCAAGAUGUAUGAAGACAACCAAGGAUCAAUCGCUCUCGCCAAGAACCCGGAGUUCCAUAAGAGAACAAAACACAUCGACAUACGCUACCAUUUUGUGCGUGAGAAGGUGGAAUCAGGUGAAGUCGUUUUGGAGUAUUGCCCGACUCAAGAUAUGCUGGCAGACAUGAUGACCAAGCCGAUCGCCGCUGUACAAUUUGAAAACAUUCGCGAUCGACUUGGGAUCCAAGGUGCCGCAGCUAACGAGUCGAGAGGGAGUGUUGAAAAGACAGCGGCUGUGAAGAAGACACCUCGUCAAGCUGCGUCAAGUGUUGAAGCAAGUGGAAGACCAAGCUUCGCUAUACCGGUGGGUACCGGUAUGUACCAGUAA